AUGCACAAACCAAAUCGUUCUCUCUUUCACCUCACCAUGGGCAUUACUGAUCAAAAGAGCAAGAAAGAAGAAGAACACUUACUCAUCUCAAAGCCCUUGAGGUUGAUUCUCUUACAAAAUGGGAAUCUUGUCUUACGCUCAUUCUUCUUUAUCAUCGGUUUCUCAGUUGGUCUCUUCCUUUGCCUUCAACUAAAAGCCUUCCACAUGUCCGCGACCAACACACAACAAACCUUAUGGUCCACGUUACUAUUCAACCACUCAACAACGUUGGAGAUCAAACAAGAUUUACUUCAACACAACAUGACUGAUCAAGAACUCUUCACCAAGAUCUCGUCAUUAUCAUCACCAUCAUCAUGGUUUUGGAGGAGACAUAACAAUGAUGAGAAGAUGGUUGUGAAAGUGGCUUUCAUGUUUUUGACAGGUGGCGGACUCCCACUGGCUGAUUUGUGGGAUAAGUUCUUUCAAGGACAUGAAGGGUUUUAUUCAAUAUAUGUUCAUACUCAUCCAUCUUUUCAAGAACAUUACCCUGAAACAUCGGUCUUCUACUCAAGAAGUAUCCCAAGCCAGGCAGUGUAUUGGGGAACAUCAACAAUGGUAGACGCAGAGAGAAGACUCUUAGCCAACGCUCUCCUCGACGAAUCAAACCAAAGAUUUGUCCUCUUGUCCGAUUCUUGCAUCCCACUUUUCAACUUCACAACCAUCUACGAUUACUUAACCGGCACUAAUCUCAGCUACAUCGGCUCAUUCGACGAUCCAAGAAAACCCGGUCGAGGCCGGUACAACCCCAAAAUGUAUCCACAAAUCAAUAUCACACAUUGGCGAAAAGGAUCACAAUGGUUUGAAACAACACGCGAACUUGCUCUUAAUAUAAUCGAAGACACGGUUUAUUACAAGAUAUUCGAUCAAUAUUGCAAACCGCCUUGUUACAUGGACGAGCAUUAUAUCCCGACAUUCGUUCACAUGUUGCAUGGAGAGAUGAGCGCAAACCGGAGCUUGACUUGGGUUGAUUGGUCCAGAGGCGGUCCACAUCCUGGCCGGUUUAUUUGGUCUGAUGUGACCGAUGAGUUUAUUAACCGUAUUCGGUUUACAGAUAAGUGCCCGUAUUAUGGUCGUGAUGGUGAGAAUAUUACGAGUUCCAAAUGUGUUUUAUUUGCGAGAAAAUUCACAAAAGAAACUUUAGAACCUUUGUUGAGAAUCUCGCCUUUAGUUCUUGGGUUUGGUCCGUAA